AUGCACCUCGGGUUCCCUCACUACCACCCGCCCUUUCCCUCAUCCUACCCUCCCUUUCCCCCACUCCUACCCUCUCGUUCCCCCACUCCUACCCUCCCUUUCCCUCACUCCUACCCUCGCAUUCCCCACCUCCUACCCUCCCUUUCCCCCACUCCUACCCUCCCUUUCCCCCAAUCCUACCCUCCCUUUCCCCCAUUCCUACCCUCCCUUUCCAACAAUACCACCCGCCCUUUCCCCCACUCCUAUGCUCCCUUUCCCCCAUUCCUACCCUCCUUUUCCCCCACUCCUACUCUCCCUUUCCCCCCAUCCUACCCUCCCUUUCCCCCAAUCCUACCCUCCCUUUCCCCCAUUCCUACCCUCCCUUUCCAACACUACCACCCGCCCUUUCCCCCACUCCUAUGCUCCUUUUCCCCCCCUCCUACCCUCUCUUUCCCCAACUCCACCUCGGCCACACCGCCUUUUCGACCAUGCAUGUCCUCCGCUCCCCAGUCGCUUCCCCCUACUACCCCUGUCAUCCUCCCUUCCCCCUGCUGCCCCUGUCAUCCUCCCUUCCCCCUGCUGCCCCUGUCAUCCUCCCUUCCCCUUGCUACCCCUGUCAUCCUCCCUUCCCCCUGCUACCCAUGUCAUCCUCCCUUCCCCCUGCUACCCCUGUCAUCCUCCCUUCCCCCUGCUACCCCUAUCAUCCUCCCUUCCCCCUGCUACCCCGCCAUCCUCCCUUCCCCCUGCUACCCCUGUCAUCCUCCAUUCUCUCAUGUUUAG